AUGGCUGCUUCACCGUCUCUGAUACGGCUCUUGAUCGUUCUCUUUGUCGCUCUGGGUUCCUUAACCUAUGGCUAUUGCAGCAGUAUCAUAGCCACAACCCUUGGCCAGCCUUCAUUCAUCACAUACUUCUCUCUCGACACGCGAUCCAAUGCCACCGAUCUCACGGGCGCCAUUAAUGGAUUAUAUCAAGCAGGCGGUCUCUUCGGGUGUUUGUCCUGCAUUCAAUCGGCAGAUUGGCUGGGACGAAGGAAAGCCAUCUUACUUGCUUCAGUCAUUACAGUGAUUGGCGGCGCGCUUCAAGCUGGCAGUGUCAAUGUCUCUAUGUAUAUCGUCAUGCGGUUCGUGACGGGAGUGGGAAUUGGCGCCCUCGUCACACUGGUCCCUUUAUAUCAGUCUGAAAUCGCCCCUCCCAAGAUCCGCGGCUGGCUCGUCGGCAUGCACGGCGUCCUUAUCUGCGUCGGCUACAGUCUCGCCUCCUGGGUCGGAUUGGGCUUCUACUUUGUCAACGCGAGCGGCGCACAGUGGCGCCUCCCACUCGCCAUCCAAUGCUUCCCGCCUUUCUUCUUAUCCUUGGGAGUCCUAUUCCUCCCAGAAUCCCCUCGCUGGCUCAUCGACCACGACCGCAUCGAAGACGCGUACAAGUCCUUCAAAGCCGUAAGGGCCGAAACGACAGAUUCCAUUGCCAACGACGAAGUGGCGAUCCAAGCCGAGUUCAAUUUACUUCAGGGCCAGCUGAUGCAUGAGAAAAUGGAGGCGUUAAGCUUCAUUGAUUUGUUCAGACGGCCGUCCAUGAGGAAACGGUGUACUGUGGGAUGGUUGACGAUGUUCGGAGCCCAAGGGACGGCGACAUUGGUUAUUAAUAACUACGGUCCAUCGCUAUAUGCAUCUUUGGGGUUCAAUACUGUUCAACAACUUCUCAUCCAAUGUGGAUGGAUUUCGGUUUGUCCAUUUGGCAACUGGAUCAAUGCAUUGGUCGUUGAUAAAGUCGGUCGAACUCGAAUGCUCAGUGAGUCCCACACUCGUUUCUUCCCUACUCUGAAAUCCCUCCUCACCAUUCUUUUCUCCUUCCUAGUGUUCGGCUUCGCGGGCUGUGUCAUCGCCUUGAUCGGCGAAUGUAUCACAGUGGACGUCUUCCAACGAACAGGCCACCGUGGCGCCGCCAGCGCCGCCGUCUUCUUCCUCUUCCUCCACAUCGCUUUCUUCUCUUCCUCCUGCGACGCGACAUCAUAUAUUUAUGCGUCUGAGAUUUUCCCCACCCCGGUCCGAGCCAAGGGUCUCUCCGUCUCCGUCUCAGGACUGUUCAUAGCGACCAUCAUCUUCUUGCAAUCGGCUCCACCAGCCUUUUCGAACAUUGGCUGGAAAUACUAUACCGUGUUCAUUGCUGUGACUACCGUCAUUUUCUUCAUCGUUUGGUUCUGGUUCCCCGAGACCCGAGAACGUUCGCUUGAGGAUAUUGGUGAACUCUUUGGUGAUUCUGUGGAGCCUGCACCGCUGGGCGAGGAAAAGAUUCGCUCGGAAAACAUCGAGGAGGUGCCGGUGCGAAUUGAAGAUAUGCGCGACAAGUCUUGA